AUGUAUGAUAUCGCAUCAGGGGAAAUCCCUAAUUAAAUCAAAGACGUUGAUGAUGAAGAGGUGGGGUCCUACAUCUCCAUUAAGGAGAUGUGCAAGGUCUUAGUCCCCUCAUUAGGCAAACAAUAUUGACGCCCAUUACAGUAUAAAUAAGCAAGUAAAAUCCAACAUAACCAACACAAAACCCACAACCCCCAACUAAGAAUCAAAAUGGCGAGAACAAGUGUGCUGUGCCAGCUAUUGCUCGUGUCGUGCUGCAUAAGUCUAGUGGUCGUCAACGCCAUGCCGAUGCCAUCAAGUUACGACAGCAGCGAAAGCGUAGGAUGUUCAACUGGAGGAUGCCAACCCACAGGAUGUCCGACCGGAGGAUGCCAACCCGUAGUAUGUCAAAACGGAGGAUGUCCAGGAAAUGAGGAACGAGACCUAGAGAUUGAGACUUCCCGGGAAGCCGAACAAGUGGAAGAGAGAGUCAGUGUAUCUGUAGAAGAAAUUGAAUUUGAAUCUGAAGAUCCAGCAACUGGCUGUAUCGAUGCAUCCUGUAGAAAUCAAGGCGCCGCCAGAAGACCUGUACCUUGCACAGUUCCAACCUGCACACCCGUCGCUCCAAGAAGACCUGUCCCUUGCACAGGUCCAACCUGCAGACCUGUCGUUCCACGAGCCCCAGCACCUUGCACAAGUCCAACCUGCACACCCGUCGCUCCACCAGCACCACCUUGUCCAACCUGCAAAACCACCACCACAACUUGCACAAACUGCGCUCCAACCACUUGUACAACCCCAGGCUGUGCAACUGCCUAAAUGGCCACCAAGUGACAAAUUUGUUAAGUCCUUCAGACCCUUAAAAAAGGCCUGAGUGACGCUUUCGCGCCUGAACGUCGUGGCCUUAAUGUCGGACAUACAUUUAAAGCUGUUGAAGUAGUCGUAGCUUUUCUACGGAAAAUAGUUAUGGAUACAAAUUCAAUUACAUGUUUAAGCAAUAACAUAGAAGCACAACUUUACCCAAAUAUGUUGGUGUCCGGUGUCCUACACCUCAUUUCUUGUAUAAGUGAAAUGAGAGAUAUAUGCAGGAAAUGGUAGCAAAUACAAUUUCAUGAUACUCAA